CUGCAGAAGGCCUGACAGAGCCAGCAGACAGAGAGAGGAGGAAGGGAGGGAUACAUAGACGGAGGCAGACACACACUGUGGAUCGAGAGCCUGUGUAUUCAACUCAUCGGCCAGUUCAACCAGCGACACCAGAGAGGAAGGAAACAAAGUGAAGAGAAAGACACAAGCGGAGCCUCACUGGGAGCAGGGAAAGUGAAAGAGAGAGAGGCAAGGUGAAAGAGGAGAGGGAAGGAAGGAAGGAAAGGGAGGGAGGAAGGAGGCUGGGGCAUGAGGAGGGGCGCCCGACUGACAUUGCUGCUCUCUGCUAUCUGCUCGCACACACACACGUUGACGUAGGCAGACACACACGUUCAGCCAGAUUGUGCACUGCACAGUUGCUGCUCUUUUUUUUUUUCCUCUCCUUUCGCCGGAGUCUCGACCUCCAUCCUUUUCUUCUCCUCUGAGCAAGAGGACAAGAGAGACAGAGAGAGGAGGAAGAGGAGGAGGGAAAAGGACAAGGAGGAGGAGGAGGAGGGGAGGCAAUAACCCUCUCCUCUCCAGACACACAGCAGAGAGAGAUAAGGAGAGAAGAGUCAAAAAAAGAGAGAGAGAGAAACAGCAGCUUUCUGUUCUAUUUCGCCGUCUCCUGUGGUCCCUCGGCCAGCGAGCGGCUAACAGGCACCGCUCAUGUCCGUGAACUCGGAGAAAUCCUCGUCCCCCGAAAGGCCUGAGACCCAGCAGAAAGCCCCGGUGAGCACCCCUCCUCCCCCACCACCCCCUCCGCCCCCCCCUGAGCCGGCAGGGCCCCCGGAGCCGGAGGAGGAGAUCCUGGGCUCCGACGAUGAGGAGCAGGAGGACCCCGCAGACUACUGCAAAGGAGGGUACCAUCCGGUGAAGAUCGGGGAUUUGUUCAACGGGAGGUACCAUGUGAUCAGGAAGUUGGGGUGGGGCCAUUUCUCCACCGUAUGGCUAUGCUGGGACAUACAAGUGAAGAAUUUUGUGGCGAUGAAGGUGGUGAAGAGCGCCCAGCAUUACACAGAGACGGCCCUGGAUGAGAUCAAACUGCUGCGAUGUGUGAGAGAGAGCGACCCCAACGACCCAAACAAGGACAUGGUGGUUCAGCUAAUAGAUGACUUCAAGAUCUCCGGAGUCAACGGCAUACAUGUGUGUAUGGUGUUUGAGGUGCUCGGUCACCACCUGCUGAAGUGGAUUAUUAAAUCCAACUACCAAGGUCUGCCGCUGCCGUGUGUCAAGAGCAUAAUCAGACAGGUCCUGCAGGGUCUGGAUUACCUCCACACGAAAUGUAAAAUCAUCCACACAGACAUCAAACCAGAGAACAUCCUGAUGUGUGUAGACGACGCCUUCGUGAGGCGUAUGGCCAUGGAGGCAACUGAAUGGCAGAAAGCUGGAGCUCCCCCACCGUCUGGAUCAGCAGUUAGCACAGCCCCCCAGCUCAAACCGGUGAGUACAACAGAUGUGGGCAAGAUCUCCAAGAACAAGAAGAAGAAGCUGAAGAAGAAACAGAAGCGGCAGGCCGAGCUGCUGGAGAGACGGAUGCUUGAGAUUGAAGCCCUGGAGAGAGAGGCCGAGAAGAAGGAGGAGAGAGCCAAAGACGGGGGAGAGAAAGGCGACCACGAACACAACCCGCCAUCACCGCUGCUGAAGCCGCCGCAACCGCAGAUUGGCCCCAGCAUGGCUCUGGGAGAGAGCGACGAGGAUGAUGAUGAUGACGAGGAUGGGGAGGAUGACGAGGAGGAGGGAGGAGAGAGGGAGAGGCCCAUCAGGUUGACCAAUCAUACAUGCGCAGCGCCUCCCCAGGAGCAGAGCGAGGCACCUCGCAUCACAGACGACGACCCUGAUGAGGAGGCGGAAGAGGAGGAGGAGGAUGAGGAAGAGGAGGAGGAGGAAGAAGAAGAGGAACCAACACCUACCGCUGAAAAAGAGACCCCCAUUCCCCCCACCACAGGAGAAGGGAAUGGAGAGCCAACACAAGCAGAGGUAGAGGAUGAGGAAGGGGCAGAGGAGGUGGAGGACGAGGAGGAAGACGAGGAGGGGGGAUUGAAAGGGGCAAAUGAUGAGAAUGAGGAAGAAGAGGUGGAGGGAAAGGUAGAGGUGGAAGUGGAGGAGGGGGAAGAAGAGGAGGAGGCGAAAGAGACAGAGAAAGGGGAGAAUGAGACAGAGGAGCCAAAGGAUGAGAGCAAAACAGGGGAGGAGGCAGUAGUAGAGGAAGAGGAGUCAAAGGAUCAGGAGGGGGAGGACGAUGAGGAUGACGAGGACGACGAGGACGAGGAUGAUGAUGAGGAUGACGAGGACGACGACACAACCGCAGAUCUCCUCACGGACACCUCGCUCUCCGUCCAGACCCACAACAACAAAAACAAUUCAGCCAAAACUAACGGGCAUGUUUUGUUGGGAUCUGAGGGACUGAAACCAAACCCUGGCACUCCUCCACCUCCUUCACCUACCCCCGAGCCUCUCCUCUGCCCCCUGGUGGAGUCUGAGCUCAGCUACACGGACAGGGACAACUCUCUCAGCUCCGGGUAUGAGAUGAUCAACGGCGAGCUACCCGAGCCGGGCCUGACCAACGGCUCCAGUGAACGCGAUCGAAUCAAGAUGCCCAUCUUCCCCGACUUGCCCCUGGAUCCAUUGCCAGGUAACCCCAUUUCUGUUGGGACGGCAGACAUCGGAGCAGGCCCGUCACCCAGCAGCCCCCACGCUGACCGCAGUCGCACUGUGUCCUCUUCAAGCACAGGAGACACACCCAAAGUAAGGGCCAGAGCAGCAGAUCUCCUGAUCAACCCACUAGACCCACGCAAUGCUGACUCUAUUAGAGUCAAAAUCGCUGAUCUUGGAAAUGCCUGCUGGGUGCACAAGCACUUUACUGAAGACAUCCAGACGAGACAGUACCGUUCCAUUGAGGUGCUGAUAGGAGCUGGUUACAGCACCCCUGCAGACAUCUGGAGUACUGCCUGCAUGGCUUUUGAGCUGGCUACUGGAGAUUACUUGUUUGAGCCUCACUCUGGUGAAGACUACUCCCGUGAUGAGGACCACAUAGCCCACAUCAUAGAGCUGCUGGGCUGUAUUCCGAGGCACUUUGCGCUCUCUGGAAAAUAUUCCCGGGAGUUCUUCAACCGAAGAGACCACAUCGCUCUGAUCAUGGAGCUCCUUGGGAAGGUCCCACGCAAAGUGGUCGCUGCCGGGAAGUACAGCCGAGAGUUUUUCUCCAAGAAAGGUGAACUGCGGCACAUUACCAAGCUGAAGCCGUGGUCCCUGUUUGACGUGUUAGUGGAGAAGUACGGCUGGGCACACGAAGAUGCCGGCCACUUCACCCAUUUCCUUCUGCCCAUGCUGGAGAUGGUGCCUGAGAAGAGGGCCUCGGCCGGCGAAUGCCUCAACCACCCCUGGAUCAACUCGUAGCCACAAUCUCUGAUCAGACGCCCUCCUCCCCUUGUCCCCCAACAGUUAGCCCGAACAACACCCCCUGGUGGCAGCCUGUGGAACUAUAGCAUGGAGACGAACUGAGUCGGAUUAGAUGAGAAAGACGUAAUCUUUCCUGCCCUAUCCCUCACAUCCAUAACAUGCUUAUCCGAGUAAGUCCCACACGCUUUCCCUUAAAGGAAUGUAAAGACUGGGUUAUGGACAUUAAAUGGCAUAGUAGCUGUGUCUUCCGUAAGAUCUCCCAAAAAGAAUCAGAUCAUUUGAUGACGGAUGCUGCUCACACCAUAAAUGGGAAAGAGACGUGCUAUCUUCUCCUCUUGUUCUGCCGUAAAGCUGUCAGCCGGUCUCGUCCAUCUAAUCUCCUCCUGAUUCUCAGUUUUAACUUGUUUGGUUUUAGUCGUGGGCAUCUGACAGCUACUGAUCUCGUCAGUGACGGGAAAGAAAAGUCAACAAGAAGCCCCAUCACAGUGCAGACGGCCCAGAGCUCCAUCUGCCAUGACCUUUACAUAGCCAGGGCCUACAAGACAGACAAGUGUGUGUUUUUGUAGGUGAGAAUGAGCGCAAGCCUGUGCUGAAGACACGCCUGUCCUCUCUCUCCAGCCCAGUUGCCCUACCUCCCCCUUCCUUCCUCUGCUUUGGAAGAAACACGUCAUCGGACAAAAAGUUUACACCCUGCUUUCUUCCACAAUCCUGUCCCAAAAAGCGCCUCUCACCCAUUUUUCCUCCCACUUAAAUGAGCUGCAUGCUCCUGCCAGGGGCCACCUCAGAGAACUGGAGGGCAGCCAGUCCUCCAGAGGGCACCACACUGACAGUUGCCACUCUGACAGAGACAGAAAAAGUUUGCGGGAUGAGGGAAAAAAAUUUAAAAGAUACAAUCAAUUUAACAGGGAGGAGGACUGCUUGGUCUAUAAAGACUAUUUUUAAAAUGCAUGGAGGGACUGAUGGAUCAGCAUGAACGGAUAUGACAAACGAGUGGAUGGAUGCGUUAUUUUAUUUGUGCAUUUCCCUGGUUUCUUUCCUGUUUCACCGCCUCUCUUGGACAUUCUGUUAGAAAGAAUUAUGUUAGGAUAUUUUGGUGCCCCCCUCUGAGGAACUACAUUACAACCCCUUCUUCUCCAGCUUUUGACAUUCCUAAAUCUUUGGUCCAUCAUUCCUGACUUUAAGAACAAUUCUGUUGAGUCCUGCUGCGGCACGUUUACCUGAUCUGAUUGGUACAAUUCCCCCCCCCCUUUUUUUCCCCCUGUAGAGGAACCCUUCGAUCCCUGAGCUUCUCCAGAAAGGGGAUGGUCACAUGGAGGUUGCACUUGUCUUUGUAGAUGUCCUUCAGGGAUUUGAAAUCUUUGUACAUAGAACUGAGAACUUACAACGCAGAUGAGCGACCGUGGACAAAGUUUCAACACACAAGCAUCAUUCCAAAAAGUUGUUGGCAUAACUUGACUUCCUCUGAUACAGUGGUGGGAGGUUGGGCCACAUUGCUCCGGCCCAGGAGGAAAGUUCAGACUGAACCGUGCCACCUGGUGGCUCAAUGAGAGUACUGCAUCGCCUCACAUUGCUGCUGCUCUCAGUGCCAACGCUUCAAGACGUUCCACUAUAUCUCUCUCCACUUAAUCUCUAUUUCUCUGUCUCUCUCUCUCACACACACACAUACACACACACACACACACAAGAAAACUUGCAUCAUCACAGUUAGUCCAGUUGCCUAUUUUUCGCAAUAAAUGAAAAAAGAUGAGUAUAAGUAAAUGGUGAGAUAUUUUUAAAAACUAUUUAAUUCAUUAAAAAAAGAGGAAAAAAAAAAGAAAACAACUUUUCUCUGGUUGUCGUGACCGUGACAGAAUCUCGUCUUAUACUGAGGUGAUUGUGUUUGUCUAUUAGAGAUGUUUUUAUUUCUUUUGUCAUUAUUAUUAUUAAUUAUUAUUAUUAUUAUUAUUAUUAUUGAAAGAUUUUUUUUUUACACAGUUGUCACCUCUCCCCUCCCUCCUUACUUGAACAGUGCUGCUCUGUCUGGGCUCUUGAUGGUGAUGAAAAAAAAAAUCAACAGUUUUGCAAUAAAGGGUAUGUGAUGAGUUUUUUUGCACCAAAACCUCCUGAUCUCACUCUUUCAGCCAUGCUGACUGUUCUUCCUGAUGACAUUGACAGAAUCGCGUCUCUUGUCUGUGUUUUUCAUUGACAGAUUUAAUAAAAUUGUAAAUUAAUGGAUCC